UAACAAAAUUAAUAACAACAAAAUUAUAAUUUUAAUUUAAUUUGAAAUAAAAGCUGAAACAAAAAACACACAAGACAACGUAUAAAAAGAAAACAAAGAAAAUUUUAAAGCAGAAAGAAAGACAAAAAAAAAAACACGGAAUUUCUUACCACUAUUUUGUGGCUGUCAGUGCUCUUGUUGUUGGUGCUAUUGGCUGUGAUUUGACAAUAUAUUUGUUAUUGUUGCCGUUACAAACUUAAUCGCUGUUAACGUCGCUGCUGCUGUUGCUGACUUCUUCAAUCUACUAUUGCUAUUUUUAUGACAGCUGUUAAUUUAUUCUGUUUGUUUUCAUUAUAACAAGUUGUUGUUAUUGUUGCUCUUACUCGUGUUUGCCGUUGUUAUUGUUGUCAUGCUAACUACUAGCAACAAAGUAGUGUAAUUUUUAAUUCUAUUAAAAUCGCCCUCAACUUAAUUGUUAGAUUUAUGCCUUCUUGCUACGACCAACACAUCAAUCUGUGUCACCACUACUUCUAUUACUUAUUCUUCACUUCAUUAUCAAUCUAAUUUAGGCUCAAGAGAUGCAUGGCGUCAAAAGGGUUUUAAUCUUCUGCAUUUUGAUUGUGAUUUUACCGGCCACUUUGAUUGUUAUACCUUUGUAUCUGAGGAGAACAGUUUUUGCAGAUGUGGUUUAUCCGGUGGCCGAAUCGGAUAUUAUAGAGAUAAGAGAUGGCAUUUCUUCGAUAUUUUGUCAACAGCAUUCUCUUAAGAUGAGCAGUAAUUUUAACGCCUUCCAAUUGGCAGGCAGACCCGAAAUUUCCACCAACCAUAAACACAUCAGAUUGAAGAAGUCUAUGACUUUGCCCGAUGAUACCUUCGAAUAUUGGGGUUUCUAUUUGCUUAAGGGCGCAAGAGUACUGCUGAAAUUUUGCUCUCGUUAUGAUGGUGCUCGUAUGUUGGUGGUGAAAGGAGCUCGUGAAUUGGAUACUUGUGGUUUGUUGGAUCAUAAUAAAAAGAAAUUUGGUCCCAAUUGGAAUCAGAAUCAUGAACAAGUGAAAGUAUUCUUUGAGGAUUUCGAAGUUAUCAACGAAAAUAUACGCAGUGAUGAGUUAAUGAAUAGUACAGAUAUCUAUAAUGUUACCGAAAACUCCGAUCAUUUAAUGGAAAUGGAAAAUAGAGGAGGAGAAGAUUUAACAGAGGAUGUAGAAGAAGCAGAUGAUGAUGAGGAGGACAGUGAGGAAGAAAUUACUACCACUACCACAGAACUGCCCAAAACUACUAAAGUCAGACGAAAGAAGCUAAAGAAGGGUAAUCCUAAUGCCGUAAAGCAUCGCGAGAAUAAUGGCAAUAGCCUUAAGGCUAGUGAAGAAGAUAUAAAUCCCAUUAAACAAGUGAAUUCCCAAGAAGAAUUAAAUGUACCCAGACGCAGACGUAACUUACAACACAAAGCCUAUUUGGAACGGCAUGCUCGAGAUCAUGAGCAGCGUAAACAAAAGGUAUACGAUCAAUUGUACAAACACCGACCUAAAAGAGAUCAUGUUUACGAUCGUAAAUAUACUCAUGGUGGCAAUGCCAUGAAUUUUACCCAAACCGAUGAAUCGAAUUCAAUAUCAAGUUUUGAAAAUGGUCUGCUAGAGUGUUUCAAAACAAAUAAACUCUCUUUUGGCGACUUUCCACCCAUGGCCGAUUGUACAAAUCCCCAUUUUCUGGAGAAUGGCUCACAUCGUAUGCUUUCCAUACAUGAAAUCGAUGCCGAUGGUUAUUACUAUUAUAUAUUCUAUAGUGACAAUGAUAUGGUACGCAAUGACAUUCAUGCUAUAUUCGAUAUCUAUAAGCCCACCUUUGAGUAUUCGAAUUUAACUAACCAGCAGGCCUGUGUUAAUGCCACCAAUUGUACUUUUCCCAUUGGUUUUAUGUCCGACGAGGUGGUCGUCGUCGAAGUGCCUACACGUGAUGGUAUCGAACAUGAAGAUGAUGAUAUCACGUAUUUGAUCUCAACCUGUCAUCCUCGUCCAGAAAUUUAUGCCAUAUUUCCUGUUUUAGUUUUGAUAUUAAUUCUCAGCUGUUCAUUUUUAUAGGAGUGGAAAAUGGUGAAAAGGAGUACGAAAAGUUUUCGGAGAAGAAGAUUCAUAAUUCAAUGGUGAAUUUGAGUUCUUGCGUGUGUGUUAUGUGCCAUAGUUAGAGAUCAGAAGGUCUCUGGUAGUCUGUGAAAGGAAGAUUUGUUGAUAUUGUUGGAAUUGGUCAAAUUGUAUAAUAAUAAUUUGAUUCCAAUUAGGUUGAUAUUUUUGGAAUUUCAAGGAUUACGGUUCGGUUUAGAAAGCACAUUUAUCGGGGUCACAUCUCUCUGAACUUUCGAAGUAUCGUUUUCUAUUCAAAAUUGUUUUUAGAAUGCUAUAUUCUAAAACCCGGACUACGGUUAGGUUUAAUGGGUGGAUAUAUACUACGUCAGUAUAUAAUGCAAUUCUUAAUAUUGCUGCAAAAUCGUAUAUAGUUCUCCGUGAAGGUAUUAUCGCCCGAUCUUUUCAAACUUAGUUUCUAAUAUCAAUGAAAGUCUGACAAUAUUUAAGCAAGAUUUCCAGACUUUUAUUGCCCUCUUUAUAGGUAACUGUCGUGCGCUCCCUUGCAUAGAAAAUGUUCUUAGAAAAACCUUAUAUAGUUCUUUUUGAAGUUAUUAUCGUCCGAUAUUCAGAAACUCUGUUUCUUGGAAUUUUAAAAACAGUAUUUCUGAGGGAUUUUGAUUCCAUGAUUAGUCGAUCUAAUUUGACAAAAAUCUGACAAUAACAAAGAAAGUGUUCGAGAGUUUUAUUUUAUUCUUUAUAGGCCGCUAUCGGGUCUGUUGUUCGCUCCUUUACAUGAAAAAUGUUGGUAGAAAAUCCCCUAUAAAGUGGCCUUUGAAGUUAUUAUCGUCUGAUGUUUAGAAACUCAGUUUCUUGGACACAGUUUUUUAGCAUUUUCCAAUCUAACUUCAAGAAAUGUCUGACAUUGAUAAAUAAAGUAUUCCAGAGUUUCUCCUUUUUCUUUCUAAGCCACUAACGGGUCUGUUCCAAUAAGUUUUCUGAACGGAUAUAGCUCCCACGAUAUUUCGAUCCAAUUUAAGGAAAAUCUGACAAUAACAAAGAAUGAUUUUCAGAGUUUCACUAUCAACUAAGCCGCUAUCGGGCACUAAUCUUUAUAUAGUGCUCUUUGAAGGUAUUAUCAUCCGAUGUUUUGAAUGUCAGUUUUCUGAAAGUAGUUCUAUAAGAUGUUCCAGUCAGUUUUCUUAAGGUUUAUCGCUCUCAAGAUAUUAAAAUCUAAUUUCAACGAAAGUCUGACCGUGAAAUAGACAGUGUUUCUCUUUAAAGGUCGCUAUCGGGCCUAUUGUGUCCUCAUUUAAAUGGAAAAUGUUGGUGAAAAACUGUUAUAUAGUGCUCUAUAAAGGUCUGACAAUGUUAAAGAAUUUGUUCCAGAGUUUUAUGUUUAAAAUUUAAAAUUACUACUUUUGAACCUAUACCGAAGUCGAGAAUAUCUUCCUUGUGACAAGUCUGUGUUAAAGCUUCUAUUGAGCUUUCUGAAAUGAUAACUUCUAUAUUAGUGGCUUCUUUAGAACUUAUUUUUUCUGAGUUCCUUGAAAUUCGAAAAAUGUGAAAAAAUCUUCCUAAAGCCUUUUGGGAAUAUGAAUCCAAAUAUCAGAAAAAUCUUUUUAAAAAAUUUUAUGGCAAAGUUAUAUUAAAAUUAUUAACAAAAUGGAAAAAAGUGGCCUCAUUAAUUUAAUAAACUAAACCUAAGUUCAUCUCAUACCUGCCCUGAUUUCAAUAAAAUCUUUAUAAUUAAAAUAAAAAAGCGAAAUACGGAUCGAAAGGUCCUAUUUGUUAUAUUGAAUAAGACGCUUAAGCAUAUCACAAUAAAACAUAACCAGGAAUCAAGUCUAGACUUAAUUGUUGUAAUAAAAUAUUAAGACAAAAUGAAUAUAGAUUCAUAAUAAUAUCAGAAUAAUUACUUUUAAAAGCUUAUCAAAUUAUCACAUAUCAUCAGCUUAUAAGCAAAAAGGUCUAAGUUAAUUUUUAGGAAAUUUUGUUUAUUUCGAAAGUCUUGAUCUUUUAAACUUAAAAGUUAAUUAUAUUAUUGAAAAUUUUUAGUUAGACCUUUUUGCUAUAACAUUUUAAUAUUAAGAACCUCAUCAAAUUUGUUGUUAAUUAAAGGAUAAGUUUUCCUCUUAUGAAAACCUCAGCAUUUAAGUCAAUUAAGUAAAAAAUAUAAAACGAUUUUUAUUUAAAAUUUAAAUAAUUAAGUUAUCAUUUAACAAUUAAGAACGAAUAAUUUAGUUUUAACUAAAAUUUCAGUUACCUGAAUUAGUUUAAAUU